AUGUUAGUAAAAUGCGAAACUAAGAGUCAGCGUGUGAAAAGUAUAUCAUUCCAUCCAAAGGUUGAUUUGGUAUUAGCUGGUUUACAUAAUGGAGUAAUACAAUUAUGGGACUAUAGAAUAGGUAUAUUGAUAAAUAAGUUUGAAGAACAUGAAGGACCAGUAAGAGGAAUAUGCUUUCACUCCGUUCAACCUCUUUUUGUUAGUGGUGCAGAUGAUUAUUUAAUAAAAGUAUGGAAUAUACAUUUAAAAAAAUGUGUUUUUAAUUUAACUGGGCAUUUAGAUUAUAUAAGAACAGUACAAUUUCAUUUAAAUUAUCCAUGGAUAUUAUCUGCUUCUGAUGAUCAAACAAUUCGUAUUUGGAACUGGCAGAGUAGAGUAUGUAUAGCCAUACUAACUGGUCAUAACCACUAUGUAAUGUGUGCUGAAUUUCACCCAGUAUAUGAUUUAAUAGUAUCAGGAAGUUUAGAUAAAACAAUAAGAGUAUGGGAUAUUAAAUUGUUGCGUGAAAAAAAUGUAAUUCAUUCUAGUAAUAGUAUAAGUGCUGGUAGUGGUGGAAUAUCUGGAAUUAUGUCUGCUUCAGAAAAACCAUAUGGUCUUGAUAUUUCAAAUAGUUUAUUGGGUGUUCAUAUAGAUAAUGGAAUGAAUGCCCAUUUAAUGGGUUCUUCUUUACAUCAACAAAGUAGUAAUAAUAAUAUGUUUGGAGCUUCAGAUGCUAUUUGUAAAUUUAUUUUAGAUGGACAUGAAAAAGGAAUAAAUUGUUGUGCAUUUCACCAUAACUUACCUAUUAUUGCAUCUGGUUCAGAUGAUAAGUUAAUAAAAUUAUGGAGAUAUAAUGAUAAUAAAUGCUGGGAAUUAGAUACAUUAAGAGGGCAUUUUAAUAAUGUAUCAAGUUUAUUAUUUCAUAAAAAUAACGACGACUUAUUAUUAAGUAAUAGUGAAGAUAGAACUAUGCGUAUAUGGGAUAUAACAAAAAGAGUUUGUAUACAUACGUUUAGAAGAGAAAAUGAUAGAUUUUGGAUUUUAGCAUUUAAACCUAAUUCUAAUUUUAUUGCAUCUGGUCAUGAUAGUGGUAUGGUUAUUUUUAAAUUUGAUAAAGAGAAAUGCCCAUACGAUAAAAAUGAUAGUUCUCUCUUCUAUUGUAAAGAUAAACAAAUUGUUAUGUAUAGUAUAUAUACAAAUGAAUAUAUUAAUAUGUUUCCAGUAAAAAAAAAUACAAAUCCAAUGACAUCUAAUUAUUACAAAUUAUUUGUUAAUAAUUUUUGUACUACCCAUAUUGCUAUCAUAUUUUUAUAUAAAGAAGAAGAAAAUCUUUCAUACGACUUAAUAAUUUGUAAUGGCAUAAAUAGUGCACCCAAUAAACCUACUCAUACUAUUCCACAAGCCUAUUCAAAUUCUCCAUUAGGUGUUUUGAAAUCAUGGGUUAAACGGGAUAAUAUACCAAAGGCUCAAGUAGCUAGCGAAAAUGAUACACCAUUUAAUUCUGAAUCAGUUAAUUAUGUAAUUAAAAAUAAAAGUUGUUUAUAUGCUACAUUUUUUUCGAGAAAUAAAUAUAUUUUUGUUGAAAAAAAAAAUGUUAAUAGUGGAGUGAGUAAUACCAGUUCAUAUAUAAUAAAUAUACAUAAUUUUCCUGAUGAUAAUUUAUAUAAAAGAAUAGAAGUACCUUUCAAAAUUGAACAUAUAUAUUCAUUAAAUAAUAAUAAAAUUAUUAUUUGUUCAGAAAAUAAAAUAUAUUUAUAUGAUAUAAAUUUAAAAAGUAUACUAAAUGAAAUGCAUCAUACAGAUAUUAUUAUAUCUGUUGAAAUUGUUAAGGAAUAUAUAGCUUUUGUAUUUAAAUAUAAUAUAGUAAUUACUACUAUAGAUUUAAAUCAUUUAUGCACAGUACAUGAAAAUAUAAGAAUAAAAACAGGUACUUGGGAUAGCUGUGGAAAUAAAAAUGUUUUUAUAUAUAAUACACAUACACAUUUAAAAUAUUUAUUAACAAAUGGUGAAAGAGGAUUGAUUAAAUAUAUGGAAGAACCAGUAUACUUAUUUAAAGUAUAUAAUAAUAAAAUUUAUUAUAUAAAUAGAAAACAUAAUGUAAUUAGCGAGCCAUUAAAUGAUAUUGAAUACAUGUUUAAGUUAGCAUUAAUUAAUAAUGAUGAAGCAAUGGCUUAUUACUAUCUAGAAAUGUAUAGAAAUUCUCAAAAUAAAAAUGAAAAUAAUAAUGGAAAUAAAAGUAUAUAUUUUAGUUAUAACUUAAUUGGAUAUAUUAAGAAAAAAGGAUUUGCAAAUUUAGUUCUUCAAAUUGUUAAUAAUAAUCACAUAAUUUUCAACAUGUCUAUACAGUUAGGACAUAUUGAAAAUGCAUUAAAAGCUGCCAAAAAAAUAGAUAAGAAGCAUAUAUGGAAUAUUUUAAGUACCCAUGCAUUAUUAUUAGGAAAUUAUGAAAUAGCAGAAUAUUCAUUACAAAAAAUUAAAGCAUAUGACAAAUUAUCAUUUUUAUAUUUUUUUAGUGGCAACAUAGAAAAAUUAAAAAAAAUGUUAUCAAUUUCAUUAAUACGUAAAGAUUUUAUUUCAACAUUUUUAAAUUCAUUAUAUAUUGGAGAUAUUGAACAGAGAAUAAAUAUAUUUAUACAACAAAAUCAAUGUAAUUUAGCUUUAUUAUGCUCUCACCUUUAUAAUAUUCCUAUCAACUUAUCUGAAAAGGAAUUUGGAUUUGAUAUUACAAAUUGCAAUUACCUUCCUCCAAAAUCUUAUUAUUUAUCCCCCCCAAUCCCUCUCAUCAAAAUUAAAGAUGUUGAAAAACAAAGUUUUGAAAAAAUUUCUGAAAAAAAUUCUGAACAAAAUAUACCUAAUUGGAAUAGUUCAUAUAACUGGCCCGUUAAAGUUAUGGAGAAUACAAAAAAUUAUUAUUACAGUGCUCAAGAAAAUCAAAUGGCACAAAAAGAUAAAAUGAAAUAUGCAGAACAAAUAGGUGGUAUAAAUCCAACACAUAAUCAUUUACAUAUGAGCCAUCCACAUAGUAAUAGUCGAAUAAAUCAACUAGAUCCUAACUCACAAUAUUAUAAUAAUCAUAUAGAUCAAAGAUUUGACGAUAAAAAUAGUAGUCUUGGUGAUAACAAUGAUAUAUGGAAAGACGAUGUUAAUGAUGAUGAUAUAAAUAUCGAUUUACCAGAAAAUCAUGAUAAUACAUUAUUUAAUUUGAAUAAUAAUAAAGGUGGAAAAAUAGUUAGAGGAGAAAAUGUAAUAUUAAAAUCUUUGAAAAAAAAUGGCAAAAUUAGUGAUCAUAUAAAAGCAGGAAAUAUUCAAAUUGCUUUAAAAUUAAUUUCAAAAAAAUAUGGAAUUAUAGAUAUGAAACCAUUUAAACAAAUUAUAAAAAAUGUUUAUAUUUCUACAUAUGCAUAUAUAACACCUAUUCAAAAUUUUAUUCCUUUAAAAAUUCCAAUAAAUAUUAAUGAAUAUAAUUUACCUGACCAUGUUAAUAAUAAUUUAAGUACAACAUAUAUUACAAAAAAUUUUCUUUUUAAUCAAGUAAAAAAAGCACAUAAAUUAGUGACUCAAGGAAAAUUUUCAUCAGCUUUAUCUUUGUUCAGAAAUAUUUUAUAUAGUAUGAUUUUUGUUAAUACAAAUGAAAAUGAAAAGGAAUUAAAUGAAUAUCUUGAUAUGUGUAAAAACUAUAUUUUUGCUAUGAGAUUAGAGGAAGAAAGAAAUGCUACUGCUAAUGAUGAUCCACGAAGAAGUUUAGAAUUAAUGGCAUAUUUUACAUGUUGCUCUUUACAAAAUUCACAUCUUUAUCUUGUCCUUCGAAGAGGAAUGGGUUUAGCUUGGAAGGCACAAAAUUAUGUCACUGCUGGCUCGUUUGCUAAACGAUUAAUAAAUGGAAAUUAUGAAAACAUAAAAGGAUCUGAUGAAGAAAUCACAAAAGCAAAAAAAAUAUUACUUGUUUGUGAACAGAAGAGCACAGAACAAUAUAAUAUUGAUUACGACCCGAAUGAUUACAAUAAUAUAAAAAUAUGUAGUAUGAGUCUCACUAAAAUUAAUCCGAAUGAGGAAAUUGUCACAUGCCCCUUUUGUCAUUCCAUUGCAAAAAAAAGUUUUGCAUCCAAGUUGUGUUCUAAUUGUGUAGUUGCGCAAUUAGGAAUAAAAGCUCUUGGAUUUGAUUUUUUAAAUAAAAAUAUUUAA